AUGCGAGUCAGUCAAGGGGCAAGAGGCGAGAUCUGUAGUUCGGCUGUCGAUCAAAGCAGUCGGUCCAUAACUGGAUCCACACCAGCAAAAGCUUCACUAAACGUUUUGAAUUGGAGCAGGAUCAAGGAGUCCAUGAGGGAAAGCAACAGGGAUUAUAAAGUUUACAACCGAUGCUUCAAGAGCGGCAAGGUUUUGAGUCGUGUAGAGCUGCCGUGCAACGAACAAUAUCUACAUCGUGUUGGGAAGUUGAAUCCGAUCCUCUGGUGGUAUGGUGACGCCGAUGUUGGAGCUUUGAAACGUCCCGAAUGGAAGCUGAAAAAGAACUUGAAGCAGAUAGAUCAAGAGAAAGGAGAAGGAAUCGAUUCAGGUGUCAAUAUGGAUUACUUUGAUGAUUUGGGACUGAAUUUUAUUUGUGAUGAAGAAGGUGAGAAAGUCAAAGUGAGAUUUGAAGUAGUAUUAGGAACAGGGGAACAGGGAUUCUGGUCAUAUCAAUCAUAUGUUCAGUCAUCUCAAUAUGUACCUUGCAAAGUUUUGGAUACAGACAGGAAAACUUGCGUUAAACGCGAUGAAGUCAAAGCAGCUAUCAUGCUUGUCAAGAAACAGUAA